AUGACCAAGGCAAUCAAGCCUGUUCUCAAGAUUUUGCUCCUUCCCUUCACCUUUAUUGCAAAGGGUGCGGAAGCUGUCUUCUCCGGUAGUCUACCGCGGUGGGCUUAUAUCGCGUUGGAAGUUGUGACCGUGGCAGUGGUCACGAUCGUGUUGGCCGCCAUCAAUUGGUACUUCGAUUUGGAACGAUAUCUAGUCGGCCCAACGCCCCUACGCAGGGUCUGGCUGGGCCUGGUGGCGCUGCUCGGCUAUCUAUGUGUUCGCCUGAUGCUGCUGGUAAUACAACUCGUCCCCAGACGAUCUCAAGAGUUCCCCGAUAUCGCGGCCGCAGUGGCGUCUGGGCUCGAGGCCUUAAACCUCGAGCGUAUCAACAUCCGAGAAACACCAAUUUUUCUGAUUGUUGGUACCAACGACGAUUCCGACUCAGCCAUCGCCUCCUCGCCCGCCAUUGGAAAGACUUUCUUCGGAGUUCGCGAGGAUGCUUCCGUCCGUUGGUACGGCAAUCACGAAGGAGUUUGGAUUACAGUACCCGGCGUUUCAGCGAUUAGCGCCCAGGUGGCCCAUAUGGCUGAGUACUCAGCGCCUAGCGAUCAAACUCCUGCUGGCUUACGGCUUACGGUUGAAGAGAAGGAAGUUUGUGCACGACGGAUGCGAUAUUUCGUGAAACUGCUUCGGCAGAUUCGCGGACCCGUUGUUCCGUUCAAUGGCGUCCUGCUCACCGUGCCGUAUCAAUGGAUCGACGAUCCGGACUGUGCGCAGUUGGCAGAUACGGUGCAAGCCGAUAUGGAAGUGCUACAGCACGACGCGCAUAUCAAAUGCCAAUGCCAAGUUGUGUUUCACGAGAUCGAGCAAACGCCCGAGUUCAGUGCCUACCUCGAGCGAGUGGCCGACGAGGAUCGACAACACCGUUGGGGCUGUAGCUUGCCCUACUUCACGGCCCCCACGAAAGGCGAUGUCGAACCGCUGCAUCAAUGGUUGCAGAGCCACUUCGAACACCGCGUUUUCCGGUUAUUCCAGGACCGCUUAGACUUCGAACAGAACGGUAUGUUGUAUCGUUUGCUGGAGUCGUCGCGGCAAUCUGAAAAGCGGUUUUGCAGCCUGCUCACAAAUGCAUUCGCUGUCGACACACGAGAUCGCUUCUAUCUCAGUGGAGUGUAUUUCGCAUCGUUAACUCGAUCCGAUCGGGCGUUGUUCGACGAGAUCCCGGUAAAGAUGCUCGAAGAUCACGAUGAGGUCAUUGGCUGGAAUGACACGGCACUACGUCGGAACCGCCGGUUUCGGACGAUGUCGGCGGUGGCCGCAGCGCUUGUGGUCACGAUGCUUGCACUCGACGUUGUGGCCCUAGGCGGCAUGUUAAUGGGCCGGACCGCAGUGAUGGUGAGACAAAACUGGCGUCAAGCAGACCGAAGCUGCGAAGUCGAUAUCCCAAUCUCACGACGGAUUCGACAUCCGGCGCUGCGGCGUUGGCGAAAUGUGGAGCAAAGGCAAGUUCUGCACACCCCCAAGCGACGCAAUCGUCGCCUGGGUGCGCUAGUUGGGUUUGUCUGCGCCUUGCUCGUGGUUCUGACGGUCGUCGUCAUUGGUUGGUUUCAACCGAUACCACGACCACAGUUGGUCCUGAUCUCUAGUAGUCUCUCUAACAGCCCCUUGAUGCCACCGACCCCUUUCGUUGGCAACGACGUUCAUGCGCUCUACGGCCUAAGUUCGGAACUAGACAUCGCAGACGCAGAUCCAGACAGCCUUAGCUACAACGAGAUGCAGGCAGUCGUCUCGCGGCUUCCCGACUCACCGAUACUUCCUCGAUGGUUGCCCUGGCAGAAGCGGACCACAUUGGUCUACUGCAACGCUGCAGGACUUGGCAUUCCCCCUGGAGCGAAUCAGGAACCGGUCCCCUAUCUCUUGCCCGAUGACUUUGGCAUGUCGCUCAGCACAGUCGGUUUUCCGACCGAUCGUGCAGUGGCGGUUACCGAACUCCUCCACAAAUUGGCCGCUCACGAUUCCGAAUACAAGCUGCUUGUUUUAGAUUGCCAGCGGUUCGACCACUUCUGGCCGUUGGGGGUUCUUUCGAAUCGCUUUGUCGACGCCGUGCAGAGAGAGCUUCGCGAAAACCAGGAACGCUACAAGGGAAUCGUCGUCAUCUUUUCGUGCUCCCCGGGAGAAGUAACCUGGGCUGAGAAUGGUUACCUGCAUACUGCAUUCGCCUAUUACUUUAUUCGCGGAAUCACCGGCCCGGCCGACACCGUCGCUGGCAAUCGAGACGGACGUAUCUCGGCUCAAGAAUUGUUCGAUUACGUGCACAGCAACGUGCAGCAAUGGAUGGCGAUCAACCGUACGGAUGAACAGACUCCAAUUAUGGAAGCUGUCGGAGUGGAUCCCGCGGAUGUCGAACUCCUAGCGCUUUCCUCCGAUAACCAGGUGUACUCCACCAGUGAUCCGCUCACCAGCCAAGGCGGAGAACUGUAUGAGAAGAACAUAGCAUCGCUCCAGAAGGCCUGGGAAGAAUACUACGAGUUAUCGCGCCUUAACCCGAAUCCCACAAUCUUCCGGCCUCAUCUUUGGCGCAGUCUGGAAGACUCGCUGCUAAGAGCAGAACGCUACUUCCGCGGUGCCGAUAUGGAGGCGAUGUCGGAAGAGCUACGCAAGGUGAUGCUGCGACUGCAAAGCGUUGAAGAAUCGGGGAAGCCUCUGGCUGAAGGUGCUGUUGCUUACUCGCGCCCAAUGGCCCAACUCUUUGGUAGCUUCCAACCGCCAGAAAAAUCCGGCUCGCCAGGUACCGAAACAGCAGACCAGACUCUGCCAGCAAUCAACCAAGGCAACCCGAGCAAAACUUCAACCACACCUGCAGAGAAGUCGUCCACGCCUGAAGAGAAGUCAGCAAAACCACACUCGCCAGAAGCUGGAAAAACAGAGAACACUGCUGAUAGUGACUCCUCAACUUCAGGAGAGGAAGGGAGCGGUAGCCCCGCCAAGGUCUCCAAUUCGCUUGCGACAGAUCCGAUGUCGCCCGCCGAGAUUUGGCAGCUGAUUUCACAGGUUAUCAAAGGGACAGUACCGGCCAACAUCGCUGCGCAGAAGCUGCGGCAAGCCAACACCACGAAGCAAGCACUUCCCGUAGAAGGCGAAAUGCUGAGAAUGAUGGCCAACUUUGGACCGUUGGCAUCCACGGAAACUCCGACCGACGAGGUCCUGAAUACUUCGCGUCAACUUCUAGAACAACGAGCUCUUGCAGAGCAGGCUGCAGCGCCGGCUGAAUACCUCGCUCCUCGAGUUUUCCCCUGGAUUCAAGCUUGGGUCAACGAAGGAGACCGUCUACGUCGGAUUCAAGAGGACAACUUUUUCGCUCGCGGUAACCGAGGUGUUUCGAUCGGAUCGACUGUUGAGCCGGUCGGAGACACAGGAACUCAGCGGUAUCAACAGGCGAUCCAAGCUGCUGACACCCUGGCUAAUGCAUUCACGAUUCGCGAUCUCACGCUCGCCGAGUCAGUCCAUCUAGUCACCCUGUGUGGCAAACGACGAAGUAGCACUGACGUCAAUGAGUUCCGCGAGAAGAUCGAUCCGAUGACGCUCUCACUCUUGGGAACCUUGGAUCGAUUGGAUCGCAAACUACGCGCUGGGGCGAAGCACACAGAUAACCUCUCUGAGAACGAACACAUUCUAGCGAUAGGAGCACUGGCCGACUGGGUGAAGAACACGCGUGACCAACUCUUGCAACUCGUAGGGCACGAGAUGCGAGACUUGAGUCGGGGACAAGCGUCGCAGAAUACCCCUUCAGCAGAGCUUUGGCGGCGUAUCGAUGCGGUAUUGACGCUUCCAUUUGCCUACAGCGACGAGCCAAGCGCGACUCUGGCCGAACGGCGCAUGCUGCUCUUGCAGCGAAUCUGCCAGCACGUGAACCCCACGCACGAUCAGAAGAUUGUUAUCAGCAAAGAUGCCGUUUCUUCAGAUGAGCAGGAACUACUCACUUCCGAUCACAUCAAGUACUCGCGAAAGCUGGCCGGUGCGUUCUACUCGCUGCCUGAUUCAAUCGACAUCGAAGCCUUGGAGAGUGAACGCGAUGCCUCACCGUUCAGCCCUGCGAUUGCGAGUGGUUGGUUAAAGACUUAUGAAUUCGCCACCCUGGCGACAUUUCCCGAGAGAAACUUAGACCGCCUGCUGCAGGCCAACACGGCCUGUCGGAUUAUGGAGUCUUACCCCAUCGCGGUUGGGCUCCCCUCGGACAACGACCUGGCAACACAGAAGCUGCACCGAGAAGAAUUCGCGGGACUCUGUGCCUGGCAAGGAUUGCGGCUGGCCGAAGAUUUUUGGGCUGGAGAACCAAACGCAGAAGAUUACUACUUCCAUCGCACCGGGCAGCACUACUUGAAGCUGGCUCAGUCGAUCGACUCCGAGCACAGCAUUUGUGAUGUGACUCUCGACAACCGAUUGGCCGAAUUGUUCACGAUCUCCACGAGAAUUCAGCAAUCGGCCGAUGGCAUCAUCUUUAGUCACCCUUCGCGACUAGUGUUUCGAGGAGUGGACAAAGAAGAACUGGACUUGGCCGUGCGGCUGCCAGAAAACACCCCCACUGGCGUUGCCACGCUCGCAUGCGAAACCGCCGAGGCAGACGUUACGUUACGAGCAUUGCCCGAUCAGAAGAGCGAAUACCCACUGCCUUAUCUGGUCGAACGGCCGACUGCUCAAAAAGUUUCUACGCGACUACAGGCAAACGUUUACUACCGUGGUCACACUUGCUCACGCUCGCUGAACGUGCGUGGCCCUUCCGACGAUGAGGGUCCCACCGUAGAGAUGCGAGAUCAGCGCACCAACGAUGCCGAGUUGGUCAUCCGACCGGCCGAGGUGAAUGCCACGCCUGCCAACGUGCUAUUCAUCCUCGAUUGCUCUCGCAGCAUGUUGUUUGGUCAGCGAAUGGAAACCCUGAAAACAACGCUCGAACAGUUCGCCCAAUCCGUGGCUCCGGGAACAAUUAAUGUAGGCAUUCGAGUCUUCGGUGAUAGCGUCGUCUGGCAAGAGGGCAAUGCCGCUGCUGAAGCCGCGGCACGUAAAGACACCCAGCUCGUCAUGCCAAUUCGCCCGGUCAAUACGAAGCGAUUUGGGGAGGUCAUCGAAGACCUGCAUGCAGUCGGCGAAUCACCCAUCAUCUAUUCGCUCUUGCAAGCCCAAGAUGACUUCAGCGGCCUGGGGAAAGGUGAACAGGUUAUCGUCCUCAUCUCAGAUGGCUCUGACAAUUGGGCCGCCGUCGGAGAGAAACCAGGGCUCCAGCAGUUUGAAGAGGCGUAUGCCAAAAACGACAUUACGGUUCACACUGUGGGCUUCCAAACCGACGUUCAGGGCUUCUACCAACUCCAGCAGAUUGCCGCUUCCACCGGUGGGCAUAGCGUUCGGGCCGACAACGGUAGCGACCUGUUGGAUAACAUUCUCAGCCUGGCCGGGGUGCUGACCUAUCAGGUCACUUCACAACCCGACUCAUCGACCCCGGUGCAGGUGUAUUCCGGAAUUGUCACGUACAAUCCCGAGCCCAUGAAGCUUGCACCAGGGACGUACAACAUUGCCGUGAUGGGGCACGCAGACCAGGUGGUUGCCACGCGACUGGGCGUUCAACUCCGUCGCGGAGAUCGUUACGAAUUGCUCUACGGUGGAGGCGAGCUGAACUACUUGCCCUCAAGUGAUCUGGGCGACGUUGCCAGAGCUGUGGAUCAAGAGACCGGCACGCAACUUCAAAUAUUGCGAGCCGAACUGCAAAAGGGCGACUUGGUAAUGGAGUUCUCACUUUCCAAUCCGCGGCAGUUCGGUUGGUUCCCCAGCGAUGUAUCGAUGCAGGUCCAAGGGCGCGGAGCCGACAUGCCCUACGUGGUACGUGACAUUUCACCCAAUGUUUCAAAGCACCACAACGCUGUCUGGCAGAUCAGGCUGGCCGACUGGCCAAGUACCGAAUAUCUGGCAGACGUGAAAAUCACCUGGUCGGACAUUGGAGACCCCAAACAAACGGUCUACCCAGUACCGUGGGACGGAGUUAUCGCGCCAGGCACCUUGCCAGAAGAGGUUUCACUGACCCGACGGGAAUUCAGAACCGAAACCGUGAACGGUACUCUGCAGAAUGUUGCCACGGUCGCUCUGGUCUUCCCAGAAGAUUACGCGGAUGUCCAGCACUGGAGCAUCCAGUUCGAGCAGCAAACGCUGGAGUCGCAGCAGACCUACAACGUGCUCGAUGCCAUCUAUACAGGCCAGUUCGUGUUCCCCAACAACACGCAGCCGCAGAGAAUUCUCGUCCGUGGUCCCCAUGGUUCACAGAAGAACCUAAAGACCGUCGUCGAUCUCAGGGCUCACCGGAUCAAUUAG